GAGUUGGGCUGCGAAGAGACAGCAGCCUGGCCCCCUCUCAAGCUGCCGCCCAGCUCAGCGGCACUAAUCAGCCGCCAAGACCGCACACACUUCCCCCCCGCCCGAUGCUCGAGAGCAAGCCUGACCCCUUGGCCAGCGUGGAGCCCACGACGCACAGUAUGGAUAGCAAUAGCUCCAGCUUAACGCGUCUGUCGAGCGGUGUGCUGCCCCCGCCGCGCUUGAACGUCGGCGUCUUCUCCAAGCGCAAAGGUGUCCGUUAUCACCGUGACGGACAAGUGCGCAGCUGUCGCUUCUGCGAGAUCCUACGGACGAGGGCCGAGCCUUUCCUGUACGAGGACGAGCACGUGGCCGUCUUCCGCCCACUGCGCCCCAUCGUGCCCAGCCACGUGCUCAUUGUGCCACGGGCGCAUAUCCGGAACGUCAAUCGGUUGGCCGCCAGACAUCGCGGACUUCUCGCGCACAUGCACCGCGUGGCCGAGUCGGUCAUGACUCAGGGACCGGAGAACGAGUGUGUGGAGCUACAACCAGAGGGUCUCAACGUCCAUGGAGAUGAGAACCCAGUACGCUAUUCGUUCCACGUUCCGCCAUUCAACAGCAUCGAUCACGUGCACAUGCACGCGUUCCACGACGACCCUCGCAGUCUUGGCUACUACGGCCGCCUGAAAUACCGCACCGAGUCGUGGUGGUGUCGCUCAUACGACCAGGUGAUGGCCAGAUUAACAGAACUGACCGACGCCCAGCAUGAUGGAGCUGCCGACCUUGAAGACUCAUCCAGCUCGUCCGGUCUUGUGUCUGAGGGGCGUUUGACAGCGUAAAAAGAAUCUAGGCACCUAUUUAUUUCUGUAAAAUCCAAACUUUUGGGUCUCCUAUUUUUAGUCGCUGCUGCCGUAUUCAAGCCGCACAUUUGAAGAAGUACUACGGCGAGGAGUAGCAGGUUGCCAUCCGCAUAAAAUGGCUUCAAUGUCCUGAAGACUGCGUCGACUAGUCUCGGGGAUGUACCAGUAGGACAAGACAAUGCCGGCGAUGUUGCAUGCCAUGACGAUACCGACGCAGAGGUAAGACACCGAAACUGGAGACAGCGUGAGCUCGCGUAGUACUGGGAGGGCGUGUGCGAGUCCGAUAUUAACAAUCGCCUCACAGAUCACCACGAGGCUAACAGCGCCCAUACGCUGCUUCACGGCGAAUAGUUCGCUGACCAUGAUCACAGGAACAACACCCAAGCCGAGCUGGUGUCCGGCAUUGACCAGCAACAUGGCAGCCCAGCCAGAAUCGCUCAAUGCCACGCCGCUGUCUUCCUCCUGAUGGACAUUUCUGAAGAUGGAGACCAACAGGAAAGCGCAGGCCAAUGCCACCAAGUAGCAGCCACACUGUAGCGUUGCAGGUCUUCCUCUGGUAUCAACAAAGUAGAAGCAAGCAACAAUACCCAUCGCUGCAGCCACAGCAACAGCCAUAGUCACAGCGAUUAGUCCAGCUUCAGCACCUUCAACGGCAACUCCAAAGAUCGUGAGGACAAACGAGACGUUGGCGUGUGUUCCUCCAACACCUCGACUGCUGUCUUCAGCAAGCCUUGAAGUAAUAGCCGGCUCGAGCAGGAACGCACAUACAGCUCGCAACGUAUAGAGGGCAGCGCAAAGAAGGACAGGACGAUAGAAUGCUCCGUGGUGACGUCGCUCCGUCGCUGCCAGCACCUUAGCGUGGAUAAUAGCGUUGGUCUCGUCCUCUGCGACGUGUUCGUCGCGGUUAAACAGUUUGUACAGUACUUCAAAAGCAGCUUCCCGGUCGUCGUGGCGAGCGAUGAGCCACGUAGGCGAAUCCGGGAGUUUUUGCGCGAAUAGUAGCAGUAACAACGCAGGAGCGACGCCAGACAACGCUAGCACCUUCCACUCACUAAGGUUGAAGCCAAUAUACUGUCGACUCAGGUACAUGAAGAGCGCUCCCAGCACCAAAUAGCAGAGUCCUCCGACUGCAGAAAGGAAUAAUUGUGCACAGAUCACUCGUCCACGAGUGUGGGCAGCGCUCACUUCCGCUAGGUACACGGGCACGAUCACAGAGGUGAUUCCAGCCGCUGUACCAAGCAAAUAUCGUCCGAUCAGCACCGUGAGCUCUCCAUAAGCAACUCCAACCAGCACCCAGCCCACGAUAAACGGGAUGGCAGCUAGCUCCAACGUGCCAGCUCGUCCCAGUCUAUCUCCAAAGUAUCCUGCACCCGCAGCUCCCAGCACGGUGCCUAGAUACAAACAGGAGCGGAAGAAGAACUCGGCGUGCUCGUGUUUGGCGCGGAACACGUCCACCUGCAUGUUGUAGAGACGUCCGGGGGCAAUAGGGAACAUCGUCAGCCACGCACAUGCCACACCCGCUGCUCCCAUGGCCGCUACAUGUAGCGCGAAGAAGGAGUUCCGCUGACGAGCCAAUCGCUUCUGGCGAUAUUCAGGUCUGCAAUACAGUUACAGGACGCGUCAGUUGCAAGGUGAUAAGGGACAAUUAAGAUGCGGACGGACCGGGAGUUGAUGGGGGUGCUCUCAUCGCUCGGAUCCGAUGAGUCCGAGAGCUCCAGCGGUGCAGAGAUGUACUGGUGUGGCACGAAGGCGAAGUCGCUGCGAGGAGGGUCCCGCAAACAUUCCACGAUGUAGCGCCAGCUGCGCGGACGGCGAGCGACCAUGACGAAGUGCUCACCUUGAAUAUAGGCGACUGGUGCUGAUUCUGAUCUAGCUCAGUUAACGUUUGGCUUGGAAUCACUAUGCAUGAAAGAUACAUGGGACAGAUUUCGUCUAUAUGGGACCGAAAACCAUGGUCAAGUGGUUGAAGUCAUUGAUCUAUCUACGAGGACUGCGAAGUAGAGGGCUUGGCUGCUGUCUCGCUGGGGUAUUUUCGCGUCAACUCGCUGCCCAGAUGUUUCUUCCAGCGGAAUACGCUCAAGCACGAGUACAGGAACGACUUGACGCGGACCUUGGCUGCCUCCUUGCGUGUCUUGGGGAACGGCGUCGUGUCAAGGCAGACGACACCUGGUAGUGAGAACAUAUCACUGUAUCCCAUGCCAAAGACGAUAGCACCGGGACCCCACUCCUUCACAUAGUUCGAGAGUUGAGUUGAGAUCAGUCGCUUGCUCACAAUGUGGGCGCCGUAGUAGUUCUUGGCGUCGAUCCACCGGAUGGGCACUCCGUUAAUAAUCACGGGGUCUAGCAGCAAAAUAUCCGGCGAGAUGACACGACGGCCAUGGGUCUCAAUCUGAUCUGCGCAUAGCUCCGCUUGCGUUCUGCAACAACCACAAAUGAUUAGUACAGUAAUAUGAUAAAAGCUUGCUGCUUGAUAACGUACUUUAAGCGG